AUGGAUGUCAGUGCAGAAACUGAUAUCUCAACUGCUUAUAGAAUAUACAAACGACACGGAUGGAAUAUAUGCAUAAUGUACGGUUGGUCGAUUAUCGAUCUGUUUCUCGGAAUUAUUUUGCGUUUAGGAUUUAGCAGUGAUUGUAUUAUCAAAUACAAGUAUACCAUUGUAUGUUUCAGAUUCCGAAAAAUGGCAUUGGCAUUAGCAUCAGCACAACUGCGUGUAUUGUAUGAUAAUACAUUAUUAAGUAUGAAAGUAUUAAGAUAUAGUGUAAUACAUACAAUAUGCACAACGACAAUUAGUUUUUCGAAUUUGGCUCAACCAGAAGAAGUGUCAGAAGAAGAAAUAGCAUUAUAUAAAUUAUAUAGACCAGAACGUGUAACACCCAACAAACGUGGCAUAGAUUUGUUGAAUGAUAGUCGAAUCAAUAAGGGAAUGGCAUUUAGUUUAUUCGAACGGCAAUAUCUUGGAAUACAUGGAUUGCUUCCACCGGCAUUUAUGACUGAAGAGCAACAAGGCUAUCGUAUAAUUAGUCAACUUCGGCAACAACCCAAUGAUUUAGCGCGAUAUAUACAGUUGGACGGUUUACAGGAUCGCAACGAAAAAUUGUUUUAUCGACUUUUAUGCGAGCAUGUCGAGGAAUUGAUGCCAAUCGUUUAUACGCCAACUGUUGGUUUGGUUUGUCAGAAUUUUGGCUACAUUUAUCGAAAACCAAAAGGUCUUUAUGUAACAAUCAAUGAUAAUAGCAUCAGCAAAAUCCAUCAUAUCUUAUCUAAUUGGCCAGAAAGCGAUGUUAGGGUGAUUGUAGUAACAGAUGGAGAGCGUAUACUUGGUUUAGGUGAUCUUGGAUGUUAUGGCAUUGGGAUACCAGUGGGAAAACUUGCAUUAUAUGUUGCUCUUGGUGGAGUGCAACCCAGGUGGUGUCUUCCUGUGCUAUUGGAUGUUGGAACGAAUAAUGAAAAGCUUCUGGAUGAUCCAUUUUAUAUCGGGUUACGUCGUAGACGUGUUCGAGGACCUGAAUACGAUCGCCUUAUCGAGAAUUUUUUCUUAGCUUGUACAAAAAGGUUUGGACAACAAGUGCUCAUUCAGUUUGAAGAUUUUGCCAAUCAAAAUGCGUAUCGUUUGUUGGAUAUGUAUAGAAACAGGUUUUGUGCAUUCAAUGAUGACAUUCAAGGAACUGCAUCUGUUGCCGUAGGUGGUCUCUUAUCGUGCUGGAAGUAUACUGGUAAACCACUUGCAGAAGGAAAAUUUGUUUUCUUGGGUGCUGGAACUGCUUCGAUGGGCAUUGCUGAAUUGUGUGUAGCAGAAAUGGUAUCAGAAGGUUUAACAAAAGAACAAGCAUAUGAUCGUAUCUUUUUGAUGGAUAUCGAUGGGUUGAUAACAAAACAUCGGGAUAAUUUAGGCGAUCUACACAAACCUUAUGCAAAAGAUUUGCCUGAAACAAAAAGUUUACUGGAAGAACAAAUUGUUCGCGAAAUGGCAGCAAUUAAUGAGCAUCCCAUCAUUUUUGCACUUUCGAAUCCGACGGAUAAAGCUGAAUGUACUGCAGAAGAUGCUUACCGUUGGACUAAUGGAAAAGUGCUAUUUGCUAGUGGUAGCCCAUUCCCAAAUGUGGAAUACAAUGGGAAAAUCUUUAAGCCUGGUCAAGGAAAUAAUGCAUACGUCUUCCCAGGUAUAGGCCUCGGUGCUAUUCUUUUCAACGUGCGUCAUAUCGAUGAUGAGACAUUUCUGAUUGCUGCUCAUGAGAUUGCAAAUGCUGUGACAGAUAAGGACUUGAAAGUAGGCCGUUUGUAUCCACGAUUAAAUCGUAUCCGUGAGAUGUCCGUAAAAAUGGCUAUUGCGGUUGGCAAACAUGCAUAUGAAAAAGGUACAGCAGGCCUUUAUCCGAAACCCAACAAUAUUGAAUACUUCGUACGCUCACAACUUUACCAUACAUCAUACGAUGAAAUAAUCAAUGUCACGUAUGAAUGGCCAUCUCAUGAUAUGAAGCACGGUUUUCCGGUACCAGUUGUAGGUCAUCAAGAUGAUGACGAAUAG